CGGCUGGGAGAAGGAUUAUCCGUGACGCCGUAAUGGAGGAGGUUGCUGGAAGUUCGGAACCCCAGGCAGAGCCUGAGGCCGAGGAACUGGAAAAGGUCUAUGGGAAGCCUAGGGAAAAGGAGCCUGCGGACAAGGUUACCGCCGCUAAGAAGAAGUUUCGGUAUCAAAUCCCGAUCUUAACCUUGCAUGAGCUCGACGACACCAUUAGCAAGUUACUAGGAACCAUGGUGUCGGUGUCUUUUCAGACCAUGCUGCAGGCUAGCCCUAGGUUGCUCAAAGGGCUCAGACAACUGUUGACUCAGAGGCGAGUAGAAAUAGGCGACAACCCCGAAUUACCAAAAGGGGAGAGGGAGGAGGAAGCUCCGCAAGAAGUGGCUAACCUUCAGAGGAAUCACGGGGACUUGGAGGAUCUCGAAAAAGCCUUUGCAUACAUUCGUUUGAGCUUGUCCGACCGAGAGGGCGGCGAAGUCAUGAGAUCACCACCCGGGACGAAGUCUCGUAAGAAGAGAUUUCGCAACGAUCACAGGAUGUACGGUAAACAAGGAAGUAACAGGGAGCAUCCGGGGAGUUGGCGAGGAAAUCCCGUUUGCUGGAAAGGACGACUGGAUGUGAAGCUGAUCCCUCCGGUCAGAAUCCACACCGUAGAACAUGAGUGCUGGAAUGACAAGGGACCAUCCUAUGAAUUUGGGAUAGCAGGAGAAGUAACAGACCUCCUCCGAGCGAAAAUGGAUUCCUUCGUUGCGGAGCCUACGGCAUCUCCAUACGCAAACUGGUGGUUCGUCUUUCGGAAGCCUAACAAGACACUAAGGUGGAUUCAAGACCUGCAGAAGUUGAAUGCGGUAACCAUCCGGGAUGCUAGCUCGCUACCUCAGGCUGACUUAUUAGCAGAAUCGCACGCCGGUCGGAGCAUUUACUCCCUGAUAGAUCUGUACUCAGGGUACGACCAGCUUCCAUUGGAUGUUCGAGACAAGCCAUACACCGCUAUGCACACCCCCGUAGGCCAGCUACAGAUGCAAGUGACCCCUAUGGGAUUCAUAAACGCGGUGCCUGAAACGGAACGCAGGAUGCUCGCCGUAGCCGGGGACAUGUUCCCAGAAAAAUGUGAGUCUUACAUCGAUGACAAUAUGAUCAAAGGCGCGCAGGAGAAGGAUGAGACGGAAGUCCAGCCAGGGAUCCGACGUUUUGUGUGGGACCACCUGCAGGACAUUAAGGACUUACUCCGCCGGUUCCUAGUAUACAACAUUACGGCUAGUGGACCGAAGAGUAUCCUAGCAGUACCGGAGUUUACUAUACUAGGAUUUCGUUGCGGUGCUUACGGCAGGAAGCCGGAUCCGGCAAAAAACGACAAGAUAUCACAGUGGUCGACACCCUGCGCACGACGACGGAGGUAUAUCCUGGAUGCGCGAGACAACCUGAGUGGGUUCGUGGAGGCAGUCGCCCUCAAGAAAAAGACAGGGAGGAGUGUGGCGGACUGGAUAGAAGACUUCUACUUGAGGCAUCCGUUCGUCAGGAGGUUUAUAGCAGACAAUGAGACGGAGUUUGUGAACCAAGAAGUAUUGGGGAUGCUUAAGAGACUCUGCGUACCGAUCAAACUCAUUGAGCCGUAUCACCCUGAGGCCAAUGCACCUGUGGAAAGGGGGCACCGAACCUUGAAGAACACGAUUGCAAAGCUCGCAGCGGACCACCUGGGGAACUGGCCUAGGUAUCUUCAGCAGGCUGUCUUUGCAGAGAAUAUGAUCCCUAAAAGGACAACAGGAUGUAUCCCGGCAGAGCUCUGGUACGGAAGAGAGAUCGACUUUCCUGUGGAAGCCCUGGUACCUACCUGGAAUAGGUUAGAUGAAGAUCCGCAAAUGACCACUGAUGAGUUAAUCGAGGCAAGAUGUCAACAAAUCCUUAAGAAUGAGGAGGUCAUGGAAGACAUCGCCAACCGGGUACUAGACAGCAGAAUGAGGGACAAAACAAGGUGGGACCAGGUUAAGAAUGUCAGAAAGGAGCCACUUCAAGUGGGAGAGAUGGUAUUGCUAAGGAACUCGGCACUAAAAAGUAUUUGGUCGGGACAGCUGGGAAAGAGGUUCAAAGGCCCCUACCGGGUCGCCAACCGGGUGGGACUGAACACCUUCGAACUGGAAGAUUUGGACGGAACUGGAUUGAAAGGACCCUUCCCGGGGCAACGAUUGGUCAGGUUUCUAAGCCGGGACCCAGUGGAACAAUGGCUUCAGGAGGCCGAAGAUAAAGAAACUGAGGAGCCACAAGCUAAAGACUGACCACAGCCUUGCCCACACUAUGGUUUGCCUCUAACCAUGUUCAUGGGACUGUCAUUUCCGUGACCCCGGGGAUCCUUAGUGCUACCAAAGUAAACUCCCGUAGGAAGU